GGGUAGGGCGGCACUCCGGGAGGUUCUGUUGUCGCCAUUUUGUUAGCGGUGGGCUGCGGGGGAGCGCGGAAGUAGCGGCCGGCGAGACGAGGCGGGAAGGGACGGGGCUCGUCCGGCUCCUCCCCUGCUGGGGUGUAGAGGCGGAGACUGAGUGCGGCCGGCCCGGGCCGGUAGGGGCGGUGGCAGAAGCGAGGGUGGGUAGAGCGGAGCCGAGCGCGGCCCGGCUAUGUCGGCGUUCUCGGAAGCGGCGCUGGAGCGGAAGCUGUCGGAGCUGAGCAACUCGCAGCAGAGCGUGCAGACCCUGAGCCUGUGGCUCAUCCACCACCGCAAGCACUCGGCGCUCAUCGUCAGCGUGUGGGAGCGGGAGCUGCGCAAAGCAAAACCAAGUAGGAAGCUGACGUUCCUGUACUUGGCCAAUGAUGUCAUACAGAACAGCAAAAGGAAAGGACCAGAAUUUACAAAAGAUUUUGCCCCGGUAAUAGUGGAGGCUUUUAAGCAUGUUUCAAGUGAGUCUGAUGAGAGUUGUAAGAAGCACCUUGGCCGAGUGCUCUCUAUCUGGGAAGAAAGGUCUGUUUAUGAAAAUGAUGUGUUAGAACAACUUAGGCAAGCUUUGUAUGGAGACAGAAAGGUGAGGAAGCGCACAUAUGAACAGAUAAAAAUUGAUGAAAAUAACUGUUCACCUCGAAGUUCUCCCUCUGACCCUCCUCAGACCACAGAUCUCAUUAGAGCAUUACAAGAACUAGAAAACGCUGCCUCUGGGGAUGCAGCAGUUCAUCAGAGAAUAGCUUCUUUGCCUAUAGAGGUCCAAGAUGUGUCCCUGUUAGACAGAAUAACAGAUAAGGAGUCUGGAGAACAACUUUCCAAAAUGGUAGAUGAUGCAUGUAUGUUGCUGGCGGAUUACAAUGGCAGGUUGGCAGCUGAAAUAGAUGAUAGAAAACAGCUAACUCGAAUGUUGUCGGACUUUCUCCGAUGUCAAAAAGAAUUCCUUGCAGAGAAGGAACAUAAGCUGGAAGAGUACAAACGCAAGCUAGCCAGAGUGUCCCAGGUACGGAAAGAACUCAGGUCACGCAUCCAGAACCUGCCUGAUCUCUCUCGACUUCCCAACGUCACAGGCAGCCACGUACACCUACCAUUUGCAGGAGACAUCUACAGCGAUGAUUGAUUGCAAGAACAUCCUUCCAUAACCUCUACUUUUCUGUGAAAUGAGGGGUAGGUCUGACUGAUUGGUACUCUUGUAGUAGUAUUUUUGUAUAUUGUUGGAGAGUGUCAGUAAAAAUACUCUAAUAAUUUAUAAAAAAUUGUUUAAAAAGUUGAUUUGUUUACUAUUUUAUUGGCAAGUGAACAUAAGGGUACAUUUAUAAAAGUGGCAUCUGUGUCUAUUACACUGAAGAAUGAAUAAUUAUCUUAUCUUUUGUAAAGAUUUUAGUUGGGUACCCUGUAAAAAAAAAAACUGUUAAGAUUUUUCUUAUGUACUCUGUAUUUAAUGUAGGUCAACAUAUAAUCAACAAAUACUUCUAACUCGAGACAUUUCAGUUGCUAGUGAGGGAGUUAAAUGUGGAAAUCCCAAGGUUAUGUUUGCAAGAAGGUUGAUGCAAUUUAGGUGAAAGUUAAAAGUGAUCUUAUUGUCCAUUACAUAUAAAUUACCCACUCUCAAAACAAGUCAGGUGGGUUUUUUUGAAGUAAAAGUUUGUAACCAAUUUUGUACUGGAAAAUAUACAUCACGUUACACUGAGCAGAUCUUUAAAUUACUCAAAAUACUGCAAUAUUUUAGUAUCAUUUAAAGCUCUGCAUAAGAAACUGUACAACUGACCAGUUCAAUUAUGUUUAGAAAUUGUAACUAUCUUUUUACAGCUGCUUAGUUUCUAAAUUGAGGGACCAUUCAUUUGUACUCUAAUCCCUUUCUGCAACAUCCAUCUCCAUCUAAAAAGGUUAAUCCCAGAAACAUGAAGUCAUUUUACAGCUUUAAUUAAAUUGAAAGGUCAUUCUCCAAACUGUCCCAAUUGUUAAAUGCCCAUUAUUAACAUUUGACAGUGCUGUGUGCUACAUGCAGCAACACAAUGAUACAGCCAUGUUAUACAUCAUCUUUCACUGAGAAACCCCAGAGGCCUGUGUGGGCUUCCAGCCCCCACCUUGACCAGCUUUAGCAAACAUUUCUAGAUCUUGACUGUCUUUCACACAGAACAGGAGAGACAGUUCAGGCCUGUGUAUGAGUCAGACAGUGGAAAAUUAUUGCCCAAUGUCUGUUUUUAGAAGUUUUUUGCAUGGCUGUUACUUAUACAAACCCCAGAUGUGAUAUUUAUCUACAGGUAGCUGAAUUUGUGUUAUAUUUGUUAUACUAUGCUCCAGCUUUUAAUUCAUUUAAAGAUACAGACAGGAAUCUAGCAGAUUGCCAGCAACUUUAGGUUUUCCAGUCAAUUGGAAUUAGACAUGUAAUUGUUGAGGAGUAGCUUUAAAAAAAGCCUACCUGUACUGCUGGCAUAUAGAUUAGAUCGCCUGAGUAUGUAAUGAUUGCAGUUUGUUCAUGGGUUUGCACUUGGCAGGUGUUAUUUUGCAUCAGCUAAAUUCACAGUUUACAAGUUUUAAUACUCCUCCUCACAUGAAAGCAGGGUUUCUUUAGAAAAAUCUAUUCUUCAAAACUCACAACAAUUCAAAAUAAUCCUGGAGCGAUAUUGUUGAAGAUAGUGAUCUGUCACUUGUUAUUGACUUCUGCAGGGCUAUUCGCUAGAAUGGAGAAUUAUCUUUCUCUUUAAAGUAGAUAUACUUGGACAUAAGCACCUCAGUCCAGUUAUCUUUUAUCAUGGAAGCUGCCAUGAAAUAGACGUCGGUUAAGUAGGACAAAACCACCAAAAGAUAAAACCAGGAGCUGUUGAUUUAGCAUUCCAUAGCAUGCACUGUACAAUGUAGAAUAUUGAUUUCAUCAAAAAUUCUUACUGACAGGUAGGAAUGCUGAAAAUAGUUCAUCAGAGCUCACUAGCUGUCCAAAGAAUGUUGAGUGGCAAUUUUCCACUCCAUAGGAAAAAAAGAGCCCACACUAUAUAGAAAUGUUGCUUCAGUUUAAGUCUAAUGUGAAAAAUGAAGUAACACAUGCUGGCAUCUUUUCAGCAUAGAUUCUUGGUAAGAAAAUGAAUUUUCAGGUACAAUUUUAAUUUUUAAAUAUUUCUGUUCUAUUACAUUAAAUUCUGCUCAUAAAUUCCAAAAUACGUGUAUGCGCAUUACAGUUGCAGUUAAACCUCAGUCUUGCUUAAAGAAUAGAGCCAAAUUUGUGAUAAAUAUUAAAAGAGCAUAAUCUAUUAAGAAUUAUAAAACAAGCAAUAAGUCAAGAAGGAUAAAUAGUGAGUUCACAGUUGAAUCCCAUCUGUAGAAAACUUGCUUAAUUUGUAGCCAGCGGUGGGUAUAAAUGCAGUGCCAUGGCUUGGUUAGAGUGUAUACUUGGAUACUCAAAACCAUAGGGAUUUGAGUUUAAACAGUCUUUUGGUACCAUAAUUAAAAAUAAGUUGAAUGCUGGAUUUUCUUGAUCUCUCAAGAGUAUUAAAAAAGACACGACACUCACUUCACUAGACUUGUUUUUCCUAUUCAUAACUCUUAGUGAUUAAUGUUGCUUAUCUACAGAUAAUGUAGAACUGUUAAAAGAAUGAGGAAAAAUCUCAACUUCUUGAUGUAUAUAUAAGUUUUAAUUUUGAGAGAGUGCUAUUUUCUGGAUAUAUUUUUCUUUAUUUUACUGUGAAAUUGUUUACUUCAAGGAGUAUUUCAUAGCUGGGAUUUUGAAAAUGAUCCCUCACCAUUUGUUUGGAAAAGAGGACUUGUGGAAGAUAAAGGUCACUCUUACAGCAAGUGUCAUAUAUUAGUGGCUAAAUGGUAUGUUGUUUUCUAUUUAUGUGGGAAAGGCAUCAGGUAUCAACUAGUUAGAAGAUUUAUAUUGUAACUGUAAUAGUAUAGCAAGAGAUAACAUGGUACGAUACAAAUGCAGCCCUGUAAUGUCAAAAAAAUACCUCCAAAUUCUCAGGUUCUAAAGCUUAACGUUCGUACUUCUGAUGUCUCAGGAAGAAAAGAGGCUGGGGGGGAAAGGAGGGAUGCCUAGGAGCUGAAAAGGGGAACAUGCUUGGGUGGAAAUGAAAAGCAAAACAAAUGUCAACUUUUGUCAAAACAGAAGUAACAGUGUGAAACUGUGCAGCACAAUAGUACUGCUCUGGGGCGUUACCACUCUGGGAAAGAGAAUGAGGGUGUUCCCUGCCUGUCUCUUCUAACUUGGUCUGACAAACCAGAAUGCCCACUUUACAAAAGGCACAAUUGUAAAAUAUCUGAACAUUUUUCGUCUAAUAAUAAAAGCAUAAUAAUGAGAUUAUUUGCUUCACUGUACUGCACUUUUAUUGAGCAUUCUCUGGAAAAAAAAAGCAGAGAUUCCUGCAGCUCUUUACUAUACAAGUAUGCUUACAUUGGAGGUCCCUGGGACUGCUUGUAUAUUCUAGUGUUUGCAGGCUUAAACUGUGUUUUUGCAGAAUGUUUUGAAAGAUAUGAGGAACAUUACCCCACUCCUGUGGUUUUAAAAAUAAAUGUGAAGUCCUUAGUUACAAAAAUUACCGUGCUUAGAAAUGGUGUUUCAUUUGAAAAUUAAACUCCAGCCUGCAGUAACAUUAGCUUGUCUGUUUCACUCUGUUAAUGUUUGUAUUAAUAUUUCAGAACACCUCCAUAAAGCCAUAGCAGCACAGCCCAAGCUACAUGCCUGUUGUAUUUUAUCUGAGUAGUCUUCUGAAUGUCAAACAGAGAGCUUUCAUUGUGAUAAAAUUACAUUCCUAUUUACCUGGAGUUUAAAAAGACAGUGCAUUAGGACUUCCACAGACUAAUACUGCUCUCAUGAAUCAGUGGUAACGCAGUCUGGUACUUCACGUGGUGACUCAAAAUACAGACAUAGGAUGCAGAUGACCAUGGAAGACAUGGAAAUCAUCCAUAGGCUCAACUGGUCCUCUGCAGAAGGGUCGGAUUUCAACCUUUUGAAAUGUAAGCGAACAGACUCAUGGGUGUGGGGUUUUUUUCCAGUGGAAAACAUAGUGAACUAGAAAACCAGCAUGUCUAAAAUUUGACUGACAUUUUAAAAUAUUUAGGCCAGUUCUGCUCAUUAUUCAUGCAUAUAAUCACAGUAGCUAUUCCUGCAAGUAGAGGAAGCAGACUCAAAUGUAGUGUCUGAAGUGGAAUUUUUUUAAUGAAUGACCAAUUUUGUCUCAGUUUCUACUUCAGUGUGUCAUUUAUCUUGAUUAAGUAGUAAAUCUCUUCCAUCUUGUUAUUUAGAAAUCUAAUUCUGAUCUCAUCUUUACAGUAUUUAAAGUAUCCUACUGAGCAUGAUGUUUUUGUGGGAAUUUGCAAAAGUUCAAUAGCACUCGUUACUUGUAUGCAGCAGAAAUAGACUCAUUUGUUAAAAGCUAACAAGAAAAGUUUGAAAUGUAAAGAUGUUUCAUUAUUGUGCUUUUCUGACAGAAUGUGUAAUACUUGUGUAAUUUAUGUCCUCAGAAUAACACCUGUGUGUACACUCUUUCGUAUUUAAUAGAAUAAAACAUUGUUGUAAAAACA